GCGGGGGGGAGGAAGCCAUGAGUUGUGGAGCUCAAGAAACUCCAACUCCACUCCAUUCGGUCCCGUGAAGCACAGCUGCUUACAACACCUCUUGCACCUCCUGCACCUCCUGCUCCUCGCACCCUUACAACAGUCACCAUGUUAAUCCUCUUGGCGGGCAUCUUUGUUCUUCACAUCAUUGGCAUCAUCAUGCUGCUGGUCGCCACCAUCGACAAUGCUUGGUGGGAGACGGACGUGAUGUCCACAGAUGUCUGGUUUCGCUGGGUAAAGAUGGCUAACGGGCUCUGGAACCAAACUGACCUGCCUACAACCCACCCCUACCCUCAGGAGUACCUCCAGGCAGUUCAGGCCAGCUCGGUGCUCGCAUGUAUCUUCUCCAUCAUUUCCAUCCUGGUGUUCUUGGCCCAGCUCUUCACCCUAACCAAGGGCAAGAGGUUCACCCUCUCUGGCAUCUUCCAGCUGCUUGCCGCUCUUUCCAUCAUGAUUGCAGCAGCCAUCUACACUGACCGCUUCCACCUGAAAGAGUACACCGGCUGGUACGGCCAUUGCUACAUCCUGGCCUGGAUCUCCUUCAGCAUCACCUUCAUCUCCUCCAUCAUAUACUUCGUCUUACGCAAGAAGACGGCGUGAGAGACACAUGAGCCCCAUGGCCCGGCCGCAGUAACCCUGUUGAUUUAGACAGACACCAUGGCCAGCCCUUUAAUACCAUAGGUCAGUCUACUGGAAUCAGCUGCCCUAGGUCCUUCAACAGGCACAGUGUCUCUGGAAUACGCUACGUUUUUGAUUCAGUUGGCUGGGAAAAAAGAGCAGUCUUCCGAUAAUAAGUGUAGAACCCUUGGUAUAAUAUUCUAUAUAAAGAGUUUUCAGUGGUUGAGAUCCAACAGGCAAACUCAAUCAAUCACAGAGUGGUAUUCCAGGUGUGCAGAUGCAGAUCCCCACUCUCAAAAUAUCUCGGGUGUCGUCGUUGUUGACGGACCCGAAAUGUUCUGAGAUCCAGCGUCACGUGACUCAAACACACACCCGAUGGCAUUGUAGACUGGUAUCUCGUGUGUGUUUGAUUGUUUGUUUGUUUGUUUGUUUGUUUGUUUGUAUAUUUAGCUGUGGGUACGAGUGUGCGGGAUUUUAAAAGGGGAGAGUUUAUUUUGAGUUUGUUGUAGCUAGUUCUUCACGUGAUUAUUGUAUAUAAGCGCUCUGAUCCUACUUCAUGCCACGUGUCUCUAUUCUUAUGGUCUGAUCAACCCGAACGCUCAGUUCAUCAAACGACCCCCAGGAAUGACCAAUAAACUCAAAUCGAUCAUUGAUUAUCAUCCAUCAAACAAUUCAGUACCGUGCCGUGUAGGAACACACGUCGGCUAACUGGUAUGACAUUUCGAUUGAGAUGACCCAUGACAGGAAGUACGGAUUAAGGUUAUUUAGAUGGAAUGCCCGAAAAACUUUAAAAACCUUUUAAGGAUUUUAAAUUGUUUAAAAUGUUUUAACACUUUCUGAGCCUGGUGGAUUGUAGAAUAUGGAAAUAUAUUUGCCAACAACAUCAUAACCUCUGUUUACUGGACUUCAAAUGAAUAAUGAUGAAAUAUAAAUUCAUCAUUAAGAUUCAAUAAUAAUGUUUAUCAGUAGACUAAUAUCCACUGGAUAAAAGAACGAUAGAAACCACUCAAUUUGUGUAAAUAUAUUUCCCAUAAUAUUCUAUGUGUAAAUCCUUUAUUUUUGUUAUCAUUAUUUUCUCAUGAAUGUAAAGGUGAUCAUUUCUAAUACAGUAAAACUUCCCAAAAACA